UUCUGGCCACCCCUCCAAAACAAAAUCGAUAUCAAAAAAUACAUUUGGAUUUAAUGACUAACCUUAUCUCCCUUCAAUCGGCUUUAUGAUAUAGAUGGAUUCAUGUCUGAAAAUAUAAAUAGAAUCAUCACGUCGGACUGAAAGCCUGUGUUAGUCUUAAUUUGAAAAGCGGAUAUAGUUGACAGCUAGCUUGCUGCGUUGUGCUAGCAAAAGGAUCAAAACAAUUUCAACUUUUGCUAAAUGGGCCGUUAUAAGUGUGCGUACGGGUGUGAAAGCUCCGAGGACACUGACGAGAAGUAUUUCAAGUUCCCACUGUGCAAUGAGCGACGGCUGAAGAAAUGGCUGGCCAAUAUGAAGUGGAAGGACUGGACACCUUCUCGCUUUUCGGUGCUAUGUAGCAAACACUUUGAGGAGCAACACCUGGACCGAAGUGGCAAAUGUGUCCAGCUUCGGGAAGAUGCCGUGCCCACCAUAUUCCUGCCUCAAGAUGAAGCAAGCAAAACCAAGAAUGCCAGUAUCCCAAGAGGAAGAAGAAAAAAGCACGUGAGCACCAGAGCCUGUGCCGCAGCCUCGGCGACCACGAGCCGUGACGUGCCGGACGAAGAAGAGUUGGUGGAUGCCGACAUGGAUGCGGAGGAGGUGCAGGAAGAAACGGCGGUCAGGUGGAGGAUCAUCAUGGACCCGAAGCUCAUCAAGAUCACGUCCUUGCCGCAUUUCUUUCAUGGAGAUUACUGCGCCAAGCAGGACGUUCAGUGGGCACCUGACACAAAUGUGAUGAGGACCUCCACCAAGACAGAUGGUCGAAAUCCUCAAAAGAUGAUCGAGGUGACUGCGGCGUGGCAGUGGCUGGGCUUGGACGUACGAGGUCCUCUCCCUACGACGCUCAACGGCAACAAGUACUUGGUGACGCUGAGCGACUACUACUCCAAGUGGGUGGAGGCUGCGGCCGUGCCGUCCUAUCUGCCCACGCACGUCGCCAAGCACGUCGCAGACGCCCUUGGCCACCUUGGCUUCCCCGUGCGGAUCCUCUCCAGGCUCCCCUGCGAAGUCAUUGGCCAGAUCAACGAAGAACUCACCAGCCAGAUGAAAAAUGACGUGGCGUUCGUGGUACAGCAUCCGCAAACCGGUGCUGUUGAUCUCCACACGCAGCAUAUGAUUGACAGCAUGGUGAGCGACCUGGUGGAUGAGCAUGCAGCCGACUGGGACGUCUUCCUUCCAGCAAAAGUGUUUGCUCUAUGCUUCCAAGAACAUUCUCACACCAAAGAGAGGCCCUUUGCCUUGCUCUGCUGCUGUGAUUCACAACUCGUCCACUCUCCACUAGAACUUCCGUACACAGAUGCACAAAUCCAAGAAAGCGCUUUCCUGGUGCAAAAUGGAGCAUCAAACAUUGCACACGUUUGACUUCAUUUUCCAUUAGUUAAUGAAGUUACUGUUGCACGACAUUGUUAGAAAAUAAAAAACUGAAUUUCGAAACAA